AUGUCCCUCCUCAACUCCCGCUGGGCCCCGGGCAACAGCACCUCCUACAACUCCUACAACCAAUAUGGCACCAACAACAGCAACGGCAGCAACUACCAACCAUCCCGACACACCAACCCACGCACCCACAGCGUCCCCACACCAAAUGCCUCCCCAUCACGAUCAGGACCAACAUACUCACAAUCGCAAUUACAAUCCAACAACAACAACAACGGCCUCCUCCCCCCAGCCGAAGAACUCGCCCGCUUCAUGAAAAUCAUCUCCCGCCUCCGCUGGAAACUCCCUUUUCUAGCCGAAGCCUACCGCCUCGCAACAAUCCCCCCAGACCCCUCCUCCCUCUCCACCACCUCCGAAGCCCAAAUAAUGUUCAAAAUCGACUUCUUCGAAUACUACGCCCUCCUCGAGCGCGCAAUCGUGCAUCUCCUCGCCGUCUUCAACAUAACCGUCUCCUCCUCCACACGCGGCCGCCCCUCCUACACAAACAACGCCGGCGUCGGCGCAAGCCUCCACCGCUACCACGCAAACGUCCUCUCCGCCCUCGAAGAAGAGUCCAGCCCUUUAACACCCGUCCUCGGCUCGGGCCUCGUCUACGAACAACUCCGGCAAGCGAAGGAGUUACGGAAUCGGUGGAAGACGGCUGAUAUGACGCGGGACGAGGUGUUGAGGGACCCCGUGGGUGAUCGGGAUGUUGUGCGGCCGUUGGAGAGUUAUGAUCUUGAGGGGAUUUUGAGUGGGAUUUUCGGUGGGUUGGAAGAAGGGUUCGUUCGGGCGAGGGAACAUGUUAAGUUGUGUAGACGGGUUGGGGAGGAUGUCGAGAUUGGGAGGGAGGAGGGUUGGGAGUUUAUGGUUGAUGCGAUGGAUUGGGAGGCUGUUUAG